UUAAUCUUUAACAACCCACAUUAUAUCGAUAACAAAGAUACUUCGCAGCGCUAUCUACCGCGAGACGGACGCUCAUCGAACGAACAUGGAAAUCAAAGCCGAGCAAGGAGAAACUCAAGAGGAGUGGAAGAAUGGCAAAGGGCUGACCUACUCCAUAGACGAUACUCCACCAUGGUACCUCAGCAUCGUGUUGGGAUUCCAGCAUUACUUGACCAUGUUCGGUUCAACACUGGCGAUUCCUCUUGUUUUAGCGAAGCCCAUGUGCUACGAUCAGAACCCAUUAGCCACGAGUGAGAUUAUCGGCACCAUAUUCUUUGUAUCUGGAAUUUGUACCUUACUGCAAACAACGUUUGGAAAUAGGCUUCCCAUCGUCCAAGGCGGCACCUUCUCGUUUCUUACACCUACUUUCGCUAUUCUAAGUCUUCCUCAGUGGAAAUGUCCCUCCCCUCCCUCAACAGCAAUACCACCUACAGGAGGGGUCAAUUUAAGUACCACAGCCUCACUCUUGAACAUCACCACAACUACACCAAGUCCAUCUACCCUUGACUACACUAACGUAUGGAAACCACGAAUGAGAGAGAUCCAAGGAGCUAUCAUGAUGGCAUCACUGUUUCAGAUCUUUAUCGGCUUCACCGGUUUAGUGGGGUUUCUACUUCGUUUUAUUGGACCGCUUACCAUUGCUCCAACCAUAACUUUAGUUGGAUUGGCUUUGUUUCAAGCUGCAGCAGAUUUCUCGGGUAUCCAUUGGGGUAUAUCUAUUAUGACCAUUGUGCUUAUCACAGUAUUCUCACAGUACUUAAAGAAUGUCAAGAUACCUUUUCCUGGUUAUUCAAGGGCAAAUGGGAUGUACAAGGCCAGAUUUGCGUUAUUCAGAAUGUUUCCGAUCCUGCUGGGAAUCAUCUUAUCCUGGAUAAUUUGUGCCAUUGUCACUGCUACUGGUGGAUUUACUGACGACCAGAACAAUCCACAGUAUCAGGCCAGAACAGACGCCAGAAUAUUUGUGUUGAAAGAGGCAGAGUGGUUUAGAUUUCCAUAUCCUGGUCAGUGGGGUACACCCACUUUAAGUGCUGCUGGUGUGUUUGGAAUGCUAGCCGGAGUACUGGCCUCCAUGAUAGAGUCCAUUGGCGACUAUUACGCUUGUGCAAGAUUAUCAGGGGCUCCACCUCCGCCAAAACACGCUAUAAACAGAGGUAUUGGAAUGGAAGGAAUAGGCUGCCUUCUUGCUGGGGCCUGGGGCAGCGGAAAUGGAACCACCUCUUACAGUGAGAACAUAGGAGCGAUUGGUAUCACGAAGGUUGGCAGCCGUCGUGUUGUACAGUACGGAGCAAUAAUAAUGAUCCUACUUGGGAUACUCGGCAAGUUUGGUGCCUUGUUCACCACUAUUCCAAACCCCAUAGUGGGUGGAGUAUUUAUGGUCAUGUUUGGAAUGAUAACAGCAGUCGGUAUUUCCAAUCUUCAGUUCGUGGACAUGAAUUCUUCCAGAAACCUCUUUAUCCUUGGUUUUUCACUGGUGUUCGGAAUGGCGCUUCCCUAUUGGUUGUCUCGAGAAGAGAACAGGAACGCAAUACAAACAGGUGAACCUGAGCUUGACCAAAUCAUUACUGUGUUGCUACGAACCAACAUGCUGGUCGGUGGAAUUACAGGUCUUUUACUUGACAACACAAUUCCAGGAUCACGUGAGGAACGAGGCAUGCUGCAAUGGAACAAUGAGACGGGACAAACUGGUGACGGUGAAAAUCAUGUUUAUGAUCUCCCAUUUGGUUUGAAAAAGUUGAGUUUUUACAAGUGCGCUAAAUACGUUCCAUUUCUGCCCUAUGAUAAAAGCGACGCACCAUCCGUAGAAUUAAAAGAAGUAUCAAAAAAGCCUGUUCAUCUCUCAGCAGUUUAGUGCGACAGUUUCAUUUGUUGAGCAGGAUUCAUUUUUUAAUAAGCUUGUAUUACCAUGACUGGAAGAACUCAUUUACUAAAAAUGGGUCAAACCUCUGUUAUUAGCCAUCAACUAUUAAGUGCACACUUGCUUUUGUUCAAGUUUUCUGCCAGUUUAUUUUGUAAACUUUCAAAAUCGCUCUUAUGUAGCGGCAGCCGAUCAGACGCGCUUGAACCAUCACGGCGUAGAAAUGCUGUAUUUCGAGACAUAGACAAUGAUAGUUUCUGUGUGUUCGAGGCUCUCUUACCUUAGUGAGUUCAUAGCAUGAUAGAGAAAAGCAAAAUAAAUCAAUUACAUAACGAAAUCUCGUGUUCUACUUGGCUUGUCCAGAGUUCUAGGGGAAGAAGGCAACUUGACCACACAUUUUAGAGAACAUGAGAGAAACCAGAACCGGAAAGAU